GUGUGGUUGGGUCGCAGGUGAAGUUUGACGAGCGGGGUGACGGACCGGCGCGCUACACCAUCUACAACUACAGGAAGAUCCCAGGCACCAACAUAUACAACUACAGCGUGGUGGGCAGCUGGUACAGUCGGCUGGACUUGAACUUGAGCGAGGUGUCAUGGGCUAACAGCACCACCACGGUACCCACGUCCGUGUGCUCGCAUCCCUGCCAGGUGGGCGAGAUCAAGAUUAUGCAACAGGGCGACACCUGCUGCUGGAUCUGCACGCCGUGCAGGGACUGGGAGAUGAUGGUGGAGGAGUCUUCGUGCAUCGACUGUGGCCCCGGCCGCUGGCCCUACGACAACAAGAGCGGCUGCUACGACCUGCCUCACCAGUACAUGCGCUGGACGUCCAUCUUCGCGCUGGUGCCCGUGGCCAUCAGCUGCCUGGGCAUCGUGCUCACGCUCACCGUCAUCGCCAUCUUCGGCCGCCACGACGACACGCCCAUCGUCAAGGCGUCCGGCCGCGAGCUGUCCUACAUGUUGCUGUGCGGGAUACUCGUGUGCUACCUCAACACCUUCCUGCUGCUGGCCAGGCCCGGGGCCGUCAUCUGUGCCCUGCAGAGGUUCGGCGUGGGCUUCGGGUUUUCCAUGAUCUACGGCGCACUGCUCACCAAGACGAACCGAAUCUCGCGAAUAUUUGACUCAGCGUCUCGCUCAGCACGGCGGCCAGGCUUCAUCAGUCCCAAGAGCCAGGUGGUGAUUACCUGCUCCCUCGUCUCCGUCCAGGUGGUGGCGACGGUGGUGUGGCUGGUGAUCGAGGCUCCUGGCACGCGGUUCGAGUACCCGACCCGCGAGCAGGUGAUCCUCAAGUGCCGCAUCAAGGACUCGUCGUUCCUGCUGUCGCUCAUCUACAACAUGUUCCUCAUCACCACCUGCACCGUGUACGCCGUCAAGACGCGCAAGAUUCCUGAGAACUUCAACGAGAGCAAGUUCAUCGGCUUCACCAUGUACACCACCUGCAUCAUCUGGCUCGCCUUCGUGCCCAUCUACUUCGGCACCGGGAACUCCUACGAGGUCCAGAUAACGACUCUGUGCGUGGCGAUCUCGUUGUCGGCCUCGGUGGCGCUGUUCUGCCUCUACUCGCCCAAGAUCUACAUCAUCGUGUUCCACCCCGACAAGAACGUGCGGAAGCUCACCAUGAACAGCGCCACCUACAAGAAGUCCCACCCGGCAUCCAGCGCCGCGUCCAUCAACCACGGUGAGAGCGAGGGCUGGGGGAAGGGAGUGGCGGGUGAAGGGGGAGGGGGAGGAUGAGUGUGACAGAUGAGGUGUAAGAGGGUGACGGAUAAGAAGAUGAGAGGUGAGGAGGAGAGAUUAGAGAGUGACAGAUGAGGGGUGGGAGAUGAAAAUGGGAGAUGAGGGGUGAUGAUGCGAGCUUGGAAUGAGGAAGAUAGAUGAGGGAUGAAGAGGGCAGAUGAGAAUGACAAAAGAGGGAUGUGUAUAUGAGAGAUGAGAGGGCGAAGAAGAUACAGAAUGGCGUGACAGAUGAGGUGUAUGAGGAAGUAGAAGAGACAUCAAUGAGGUGUGAGGGGAGAUGAGAGAUAAGGAUAUGAGAUGAGAGAAAGAUGAGAAUGAUAAAUGAGAGAUGAGAGAGAGGGAGAGGCUGACAGAUUGAGGUGACAGAUGAGGUGAAUGAGGAAGUAGAAGAGACAUCAAUGAGGUGUGAGGGGAGAUGAGAGGUAAAGAUAAGAGAUGAGAAAAAGAUAAGGAUGAUAAAUGAGAGAUGAGAGAGAGGGAGAGGCUGGCAGAUUGGGGUUGACAGAUGAGGUGGAGGUGAGAGAUGAAGGCUUAAAAUGAGAGAUGAGGGAUAAUGGCUUUGGGUGCUGAGUGAGAUAGGCUGAGUGCUGACUGGGAGAUACUAGAGGUUGAGUGCUGUCCUGAAAAAUUAUGCUGAGUGCUGAAAAUAUCGGAUGCUGUUUAGUAAGAGCUGAGUUAAAGAUGCUGAGUGCUGAGUGAAGGAUGCUGGGUGCUGAGUGCUGAGUGACCGAUUCUGAGUUCUGAGUGGAGAAUGCUGGAUGCUGUGUACUGAAAAAUAUGUGCUGAGUGAAGGAUGCUGGGUGCUGAGUAACGAUUCUAGGUGCUGAGUAGAGGAUGCUGGAUGCUGAGUGCUGAAUAAUAUGUGCUGAGUGAAGGAUGCUGGGUGCUGAGUAACGAUUCUAGGUGCUGAGUGGAGGAUGCUGGAUGCUGAGUGCUGAAUAAUAUGUGCUGAGUGACUGGUGCUGAGUGGAGAAUGCUGAAUUCUAUGUGCUGAGUGAAGGAUGCUGGGUGCUAAGUGCUGAGUGACUGGUGCUGAGUGGAGAAUGCUGAAUGCAAUGUGCUGAGUGAAGAAUGCUGGGUGCUGAGUGCCGAGUGCUGCGCGGGUCGGGAAGGAAGAGCCUGGCAGGAAGGGUCUGGCUGGCGGUCUGGUUGGUUCCUCGGUUUGAAAGGAAAUUCUUGGGUCUCGCGGGACUUAAUUUGUGCGACGUUCCGGAAUCUGUGUGGAAAGGCUCUUGCUUUACUCCUGUUUUAGUCGCCGGCCGGGCCACUUCCAAGGCGCGUUUGAGGUGUCCUAACCUAAUUCAGGGGAACUUCGACCCCGCCCUGCCGGAGGGGAGGGUGUGUUUGUAUUUAAUUUAGGGAAAGGUUCGAAGUUUUUAUUUUAUCCUCGUAGAAAAGGAAGGGAAGGAAGAAGAUGAAGGAGGAGGUGACGGUGAAGGAGAUGUGAAAGUGAAGGGGUGAGAGAAUGUGACAGUGUGAUAGUGGGAGAGAGAGACACAGAGACACAGAGACAGAUAGAGAGACAGAGAAAAGAGGAAGAGACAGAAAUGGGGCACUAAACUCAUUCAUAUGGUUCAAUAAUUCUACGUUUACAUACUUCGGGAAUAAAUGAAAGGCAUCGUUGAGCUAAAGAGAGACCCGUUCAGCACCUCAACGUAUAGCGCUUAUUACGUUUAUAGGCGAGAGAGAGGCACGAUUUAUAUAAGGUUUAGAAAGGGAGAAAAUAAAGAGAGAAAAACAGUAGCGAGGUGGUGAAUUAAACUGGAUAGGAAGAGAGAGAAAAAACACACGCUAGCAUAGGGUUUAGUAAUGAUUAGUGAAGAGAUUAGCGUUAUUAUGGGCGAGAGAGAAACACGAAUUAUAUAAUGUUUAGAGAGUGUGAAAAUAAAGAGAAAAACAACAGCAGCGAGGUGGUGAAUUAAACUGGAUAGGAAGAGAGAGAAAAAACAUACUAGCAUAGGGUUUAGUAGUGAUUAGUGAAGAGAUUAGCGUGUUAUGUUUAUGGGCGAGAGAGAAACACGAAUUAUAUUAUGUUUAGAGAGUGUGAAAAUAAAGAGAAAGAAAAGAGUAG